AUGACUCCAGCUAGAGUAACCGACGCAUUCACGCCUCGCUAUAAGCGCCGGCAGUUGAGCCUCGUUAUAGAGAAUUUCUCGGAAGAAGAUGAAGAUUUCUGUAUCGGGGAUCAGCAGCAGCACCAGCAGCACCACCAGGACCAGCAGCAGCACCGGCAGCACUUCACCGGACGCGCCCUCGAGGCGUUUCAUCGGGCGGCGGAAGUCAAGCCAGUGGCGCAAAGUCAGGGCCACCGCGCGGGCGGGUGGCUCGAAACUCUCCGCCAAGCCUCGCGCAUCCGCGCAGCCGGCGCUGGGCUUGCGGGUAGCUCCGCAUCAGCGGAGGCAUCCGCCUUCUCGGCGCCUUCCUCCGCUCCCGCUUCCGCUUCCGCCUCUGCUUCCGCCUCCGCUUCCGCAUCCCCCUCCGCCCCGUGCCGGUUGAAGCGGAGCGCCGCAGACGCGGGGCUGGAACGCAGCGUGGGCUCCGCGGAGGAGCCGAAGCUACUGAGGCGCGCAACUUGCCCCGCGGAACGCGCCUACGUCGUCCCCCACCACUGGGCCUCCGCAAACCCCGCUUCCGCCGCCAGCUCGCGCAACCCUGCCUCUUCCCCCGCCCCCGUCCCCGCUGCUGCCCGCGGCGCUGGCGCUGGCGCAACCUGGCCCGCGGGUCUCCUUGCGCUGAACGCGCUCGUGUCUCCGCGAUACGCGCACGGUCAUCCUUCACGGCCCCCUCCUGCUGCCUCCGCCCCGCUUUCCCGACGUCAUCCUCCGCCCCCCCGUUCACCCGCUUUUCCGCCCUCCCCCGCUCCGCUUCCCCCAUUCCGAGCGGAAUUCGCGCGCGCGCCGUCGCCUGCUUCUACUCCUACAUCCUUACCCGGGAUUCCCGCCGCACCUGGUGCUCCACAGCGGUCUCUAGCGACUCGAAGACGCUCGUCCAAGUCGCCUGCCACGUCAGCGAACGAUUCCACGUCAGCGGGAUUUAGAGUCCCGUUCUCGCCACGCGUAGCUUGUGGUUCCGAGUCUGCUGACACGUGUACGAAUUGGAGUGGAGCAGGAGGAGCGGAUUUGGCGAGCGAAGAAAGGCCACGUGGAAUGGCGGCACAGGGAGAGACAGAAUCAUCAGCAGCAGCAGCAACAGCAGCAGCAGUAGCAAAACUGCCACCUCAGGUGGUGCACCUGCCAUGUCAGCUGCUGCGUCUGCCAGCUCAGCUGUGGCUGGCAGACUCGCGCCCACCGCCUCCCCUCAAGGAAAGGGGGGAGGAUGAGGAAGAAGAGAAAAUGAGGAGGAGAGAGAAGAGGGGUGGAGAGGGGUUGGGGAGGGAGGGAGAGAAACAAAAGGUUGUCCUGGCAGUGAGUGCCGAUGGGGAGAAUAUGGAAGUGGGGGAGGUGGUAAGGGGAGUGGAGAUGAGGGAUGAAUUGGAGGGGAUUGAACGAGAGAGCGGGAUAUCAGAUAACGGGAGUGAAGCGAUGGAGGUGGAGGGAGGAGGAGAAGGAGGAGGAGUAGGAGAAGUGGGAGAAGAGAUAGGAAGGGGAGAAGAGAUAGGAAGGGGAGAAGAACGAAAAGAAGUAGUAAAGAAGGUAGGAGGAGAAGAAGAAACGGAAGGGGAGGACGCUGGGAGGGAAGCUGUAGGGAGGGAAGAGGGUCUAGCUGGCGAUGCGAAAGGGGGUGAAGCAAGUGGAGGAGGUGAAGGGGUUGAAACAGGUGAAGGGGGUGAAGGGGGUGAAGGCGGUGAAGGCGGUGAAGCAGGUGAAGCAGGUGGUGGUGACAAGCAGGGCGAGCAAAGUGGGUGGCUGUGGGAGGGAAGUGAUCUGAAAGGGUGCUAUCUCGACGCGAGCAGGACAUGUGUUGAUGAAACGGUUACAAGCGGUGCUAAGGUGGUUACAAGCACUGCUGAGGAGGUUAGAGGCGGUGCUGAUGUAGUUUCAAGCGGUUCUGAGAUUGUGAUACUUUGUGCAGACAUGGAUCUGGACGCGAUGCCUCUGGGUUGCUGCCUCGGGUCCCAGCAGGAACAACCUGGGGAGGCUCACAUGGAGCAUGAAAAGCAGCAGCAUGAGGAGCAGCAGCAGCAGCAGCAGGUGGAGGAAGAGUGCUCGCUGGAGCAGUUGACUCGCGUUGACUCCAUGGAAGAUGACGACUUCUGGGAAAGAAUGGUUGCCAGCUACGGCACACUGGACGACCUGCCUGCUACAGCCGAAACCGUGGCUGCUACAGCUGGGGAGGCCGCUACAGCUGGGGCGGAGGCUACAGCUGGAGUGGCUUCUACAGCCAGAGUGGCGGCAGUAGCUGAAGGGACCUUCACAACUGGGAGGGUGGCCACAGCCGAUGGUGGGAUGGCCGUGGAUGGUUGUGGGGUAGGGGCCGCCACAGUAAGCGAUGGAAAUACCCUGCUUGCUGCAACUCCCGAAUCUCUAGCUGUUGCUGAUGGUGCACUGACAGCGGUUUCCACUCACUCAGGGGUGCAUGCAUCAGUUGCUGCUGGAAGUGCCCUGCCUGCUGUGACUCCUGAACCUCUGGCAGUUGCUGACGGUGCCCUGCCUGCAGUUUCCUCACACUUGGGGGUGCAUGCAGCAGAUAUGAAUUUCGAGUCGCGUCAAAAGACAUGUCUGGAUGUUGUUGACGGUGCGCUGCCUGCAGUUUCCUCACACUCGGUGGUGCAUGCAGCAGAUAUGAACCACCAACCUCCUUCUGCGGAUGCUGAAGCAGCAGCUUCGUCGGGUUCUAAGGCUUGCACGGGCGAACUUCCUCGCCCGGCCUAUCAUGCCGAGCCUGUUCUACCCUCGGCCAAGCCUGCGAGUCCUGAGUCCGAAGCUGCUGCAGCGGUCCUGCUAGCACUGCUGGCUCGGCAGCCAAACCUCAAUCGCGUACGGCCCGAAGCAGGCAUUGGUGUACUGGCACAAGGCUCGGUGUCGCCACAGGGAUCUGAACGGAACAUGGUGCUUCCAGGCAACUUCCUUCAGCAGUGCAUCGGAAGCAUGAGUGCAGCAGUGCGGUCUGCAGUAGAGUCACCCUCGUUAGAGUCACAGUUGCUUCAAUUGCUGCUGCUGGCAGUGGCCAGACAACGAGGAGGAGGGGGUUUGACUCAACCAGCGGCAGCAAGAUUACCAGCAAUAGCAGCCGUAGCACCAGAUAUGGUGUUAAUGGCAGGAACAAACACACUGAAUAAGGAUGCUUGCCAUGAAAAGGACUGGCAGCAGCAGAAACAGCAGCAGAAGCAGCAGCAGCAGCCCGACUUCCUAACGCAGAAGCUACUCCUGUUGUUACUGCCCCUGCUGUUGCAACAACAGCAACAGCAGCAACAGCAGCAGCAGCAGCAGCAGCCUCUGCAGGAGCAGGGAAAGCCCGACGAGUGUGCAGCAGCAGUUGGGUGGGCAGGGGGGGUGCGGCAGGAGGUGGGAGCGGGCGGGCAGCAGAACGGGCAGGAGGAAGAAGAAGGAGAGGGAAAGGAUGAGGAGGGAGAGGAGGAGGAAGAAGAGGGGAAAGCGGAGGGGGAGGAAGGAGGAGGGGAAGAAGGGGGAGAAGGGGAAGAAGGGGCAGAAGGAGAGGAGCAAGAGGAGGAAGGGGAGGGAGAGGGGGGUGAGGGGGGUGAGGAGGAGGACAAGGAGGGUGCGGAUUUGACUGUGAAGCGUUUGGAAAGGGAGAUGUCUGACAUCUCUCUCCCCCCCUCCCGUCGCUUUCUAGCCACCGUCAAAGCCGCAGUCCACCGCUCUAAAACCAUCAAAACCGGUUCCGGCAGCACCAGCACUCCUGCCACACCCAGUCGCGUCAAAGCGAGCCCCAGACCUCCCCAGCCCCCCCCAGGGUUUCUUUCCCCAGUGGAAACUCUACAGCUUAUUCACUGCGACCUGCGCUCACGCCCGUUCUUCCUUGCGCUUCUCGCAGUCUGCGCCAAUUCCACCGCUCUGCACCUUCGCAACUGCUGCGGUUUGGACGACGCCUCCCUCGCCGGGAUCUCGGUCGCCACGAACCGUCGGAUCGGCCGGCUGGCGAUCGAAGGGUGUCCGUUGAUCACGAUGAAGUCGCUAGAAGCGGUGGUGCUGGCGCUGCCGGGGUUGAGGCAGCUUGUGGUGGGGGACUGUGGGGGGGUGAGGGAUGAGGAGAUGGGCGGGGAGUUUGCGGAUCGGAUUUUCACGUUGAAGGAGCUGAAAUGGCAGCCGUCUGGAGGUAGGUUGGCGGGGACAGGGCUGGUGCUGCGCUGUGUGGUGGGGUGGGGUGCAGUGUGGUGGGGUGGUGUGUGA